CGCAAAAAUCAAAUCAAGAACUCAGGGAAAGUGUGCAGGGCAGUCAAGUUCAGGCAGACAAAUAAUUUGCAGCAUAGCAGCGGGAGUUUCAUUCUAUAGAAAAUCAAAAUGUUGAAGCAAGCUACCAAACAAUUGGCCAUCCAAUCCAUGAGGAGUUUCUCCACUUCCAGACAGAACAACUACAAGGUUACUGUCUGUGGUGCCUCCGGUGGUAUUGGCCAACCAUUGUCAUUGCUUUUGAAGCAAAAUCCUUUGGUCACUUCCUUGUCGCUCUAUGACAUUGUUCAUACUCCCGGUGUGGCUGCUGAUUUGUCUCACAUUGAUACCAAGAGCAGCACUCAUGGUUACAUUGGUGCUGACCAGUUGGGUGAUGCCUUGAAGGGUGCUGAUGUUGUCGUCAUUCCCGCUGGUGUGCCACGCAAACCUGGCAUGACCCGUGAUGAUCUUUUCAAUGUAAAUGCCGGUAUUAUUAAGGACAUUGCCGCCACCGUUGCCAAGCAAUGCCCCAAGGCCAUGGUUGCCAUCAUCACCAACCCUGUCAACACUUGUGUACCAAUUGCCGCUGAAGUCUUGAAGAAGGCUGGUGUUUAUGAUCCCAAGCGUUUGUUCGGUGUGUCCACCUUGGAUGUUGUACGUGCCCGUGCCUUCAUUGGUGAAGCCUUGGGUGUUGAUCCCCAACAGGUCAACAUUCCCGUCAUUGGUGGUCAUUCCGGUGUAACGAUUAUGCCCAUUUUGUCUCAAUGCCAACCCACAUUCAAGGGCAGCGCCGAUACCAUUGACAAAUUGACCAAACGCAUCCAGGAGGCCGGUACCGAGGUUGUUAAGGCCAAGGCUGGCGCUGGUUCUGCCACAUUGUCCAUGGCCUAUGCCGGUGCCCGUUUUGCUGGCUCCCUGCUCAAGGGUUUGGAUGGCCAAAAGAACGUUGUCGAAUGCUCCUAUGUCCAAUCCACUGUCACAGAAGCUGCCUUCUUUGCCACCCCCUUGGUUUUGGGCAAGAACGGUAUUCAAGAAAACUUGGGCUUGCCCAAAUUGAACGAUUACGAGAAGAAACUCUUGGAAGCUGCCAUUCCUGAACUUAAGAAGAACAUUCAAAAGGGUGUUGAUUUUGCCAAUGCCUAAAUUUAGCAGCUACACCACACAUGCAUUGACAAGAACGCGUUUAUCUAUCCACCUCCCUCAUCUUUAUACCUAUGUCUAUUUGGCAGGAAAAGUGUAGACAUUAGAAUAAUUUAUAUAAUUUCUGUUAAAGAAAUAAUCAACAACAACAAAACAUUAUGGCAUAAUAAUACAUACAUACAUAUAUGAAAAUGUUUCCAAAGAUAUUAUCUCAAUAAUAGAAUAAUAUUCGAAAUAACUUAAAAUAAAAAACACAUAGAGAAAUUGAUCAUCUGGUAUUGAAAAGAUCUAUCGAAAUAGAA